UACAAAUCCCCCCUCCGUAAAGUCCCAAGACGAAACGAAGAUCAACAGAAACACAAUCUUAGCAGAGAACAAAAAUCCCAAAGCUAAAAACCCUAACCCGACGAAUCAAUGGAGCGAGACGACGAAGCGAGUGGACCUAUGAUGGAGAUGUGCACCAACGGCAGCGAAGAGACGUCUAAUCGACGACCUAUCAUAAGUGGCGAACCGCUCGACAUCGAGGCUUACUCGGCGCUCUACAAAGGUCGCACGAAGAUCAUGCGGCUUCUCUUCAUCGCUAACCACUGCGGAGGAAACCUCACGAUUCAGCUCGAAGCAUUGAGGAUGGCUUACGAUGAGAUCAAAAAGGGUGAGAAUACGCAGUUGUUCAGAGAAGUUGUCAGUAAGAUUAAUGGCAAGCUUGGGGACACAUAUGGGAUGGAUUCGGCUUGGUGUGAAUCCGUCGAUCGUCGUGCUGAGCAGAAGAAGGCAAAGCUCGAGAAUGAGCUCAGUUCGUAUCGGACAAAUCUAAUCAAGGAAAGCAUAAGAAUGGGUUAUAAUGACUUCGGAGAUUUUUACUAUGCUUGUGGUUUGCUCGGGGAUGCUUUCAAGAACUAUAUCCGAACACGGGACUACUGCACUACGGGGAAGCACAUCAUUCACAUGUGUAUGAAUGCGAUUCUUGUCAGCAUCGAGAUGGGUCAGUUUACUCAUGUUACAAGCUAUGUGAACAAGGCAGAGCAGAAUCCAGAAACCAGUGACCCUAUUGUAGUUGCAAAACUGCGAUGUGCAUCUGGAUUGGCUCAUUUGGAGCUUAAGAAGUACAAGCUAGCUGCUCGUAAGUUCUUAGAUGUUAAUCCAGAACUUGGAAAUUCCUAUAACGAGGUCAUUGCUCCUCAAGAUGUAGCCACCUAUGGUGGACUCUGUGCCCUGGCAAGCUUCGAUCGAUCAGAAUUAAAGCAAAAAGUCAUUGACAAUAUCAACUUCCGGAAUUUCUUGGAGCUAGUGCCUGAAGUGAGGGAACUUAUCAACGAUUUUUAUUCAAGCCGCUAUGCUUCCUGUCUGGAGUAUCUAGCUAGUCUCAAAGCGAACUUGCUGCUGGACAUCCAUCUCCAUGAUCACGUCGACACACUGUAUGAUCAGAUAAGGAAGAAGGCACUGAUCCAGUACACACUGCCAUUUGUGUCUGUUGAUUUGAGCAGGAUGGCGGAUGCAUUCAAGACGAGUGUCUCUGGUCUAGAGAAGGAAUUAGAAGCCUUGAUCACAGACAACCAGAUUCAGGCACGGAUUGACUCACACAACAAAAUCCUCUACGCAAGACAUGCGGAUCAGAGGAAUGCAACUUUCCAGAAGGUACUUCAGAUGGGAGACGAAUUCGAUAGAGAUGUCAGGUCUAUGCUGUUAAGAGCCAACCUCCUGAAACAUGAGUAUCAUGCCAGAACUUCAAGAAAACUUUGAAACUGAUGACAUCUGCUUUGCUAAUCUGAGAGUAUAUGGUUUGUGUGUGCCAGGCAAAUUCAAGGGUGAUAAAUUGAGGAUUGGGAAGGAACAAAACGAGAAAUUGGGCAAGAUAACUUUAUGUAAGAAGCUAUUUUGUGUUUUUCUCAAAGAGUGGAUGACAUUUUGAGGAAGUAAAUGUAUUAUUAUGCUAAAGAUGAAUGAGACUGUCCAUUAUUUAAACAAACUAUUCAAUGAUAUUGCCUUUUAAAUGA